AUGGAAAAAAAGAAGGAAACUGUGCUUUCUGUAUCACAUUUUCCGGCAGCGGAAAAUAGUGAUUCAGUAAGAAAACAGACUGCUAAUGACACAACACAUUCAAUGGAAAAGAAGGAGAUGGGAGAAAAAAAUAAGGCGAUGAAUCAAAUCAGUGAAUCGCCUGUUAUCAGAAAACUGAAAUGUGUCAAAGCAAUGCACAAAACCGGAACAUCAUUGCGGAUGAAGAUGAAUGAAGGCAUUGAAAAUGUACCCGAAAGUUUAAAAACGCAGAAAUCGAAAGAUCAAGGAGGAAAAAAUUAUCAAAUUAUUGGUGAUUUGGAUACGACCGAUUCAUCAGUUGAAUAUUCAUUAGACAAUACGCUCGCUUUGGAAUCAUUCGAAAUGAUUAAAGGAAAAUAUGGCCUGAAACUGGAGGGUGAAGAGAUCGAUCAUCAAAUAAUGAAAGUCCCACAACAAAGUGAUUCAUCAGAGUAUUCAUUAUUUGAUCCGCAAUCAUCAAGGCGAGAUAUUCGUGAACAACGAUUUCGAUUAUUCAGAUUAAAUUCAUCGGUAGCUCGACGAGUAGCUGCAGCGCUGGAAGAUAGUGCACUUUCUACAUCCAAUCAGGACAAGAAAGAAAAGUCGAAGACCAAAGCGGAUAAACAACAGAUUCUUGAAGAAGAAACUCAGAAUAACUUAAUAGCGCAUAUCUAA